AUGACGUUUCAUACUCUCCUUCGAGCUAGGGCUCCUACGGCUCUGGCUCGAAGCGCUUUUGCGCCAUCCCGACAAUAUGCACGCCUCUUAAGCACAACAUCCUGUCGCCGUUCCAAUGACACCGACCUCAACAAAGUUUCUCGCAACAUCACACAACCUAAAGCGCAAGGCGCAUCACAAGCUAUGCUCUACGCGACAGGUCUCAAAGACGAAGACUUAGCAAAGGCCCAAGUGGGUAUUUCAUCCGUAUGGUACGAAGGAAACCCGUGCAAUAUGCACUUAAUGGACCUAUCCGCCGUAGUAAAAGAAUCUGUCAAACGGGCUGGCCUCAUUCCUUAUCGGUUCAACACAAUUGGUGUCUCCGAUGGUAUAUCUAUGGGUACGACGGGUAUGCGAUACUCUCUGCAAAGUAGAGAAAUUAUUGCCGACAGUAUCGAGACCGUUAUGCAAGGUCAAUGGUACGAUGCGAAUAUCUCGUUACCUGGUUGCGACAAGAAUAUGCCUGGUGUCUUAAUAGCUAUGGGUCGAGUAAACCGACCUAGUAUUAUGGUCUAUGGUGGCACUAUUAAGCCGGGUUGCAGCAUGGCUGGUGCGCCUAUUGAUAUCGUUAGCGCUUUCCAAGCUUACGGCCAGUACAUUUCGGGCGAGAUCACAGAGAAGCAGCGAUACGACAUCAUUCGACAUGCGUGCCCCGGAAAAGGUGCAUGUGGUGGAAUGUACACGGCGAACACAAUGGCCACGGCUAUCGAGACACUAGGUAUGACCUUACCAGGCAGCAGUAGCAGCCCUGCUGAGGACCCAAGUAAGAUCAAGGAAUGCGAGAAUAUUGGUGAAGCCAUUAAGAACAUCAUGAGGGAAGAUAUCCGACCACGAGAUAUCAUGACGAGGGAAGCUUUCGAGGAGGCCAUGGUCGUGGUCAACAUCCUCGGAGGUAGCACCAACGCCGUACUUCACUUACUCGCCAUUGCCGAUGCCGUCGGCAUCAAGCUUACCGUUGACGAUUUCCAAGCCGUAUCCGACAGGACACCCUUCUUAGCCGACCUAAAGCCCUCGGGCAAAUAUGUGAUGGAAGACAUGCACAAGAUUGGUGGAACCCCUGCGCUCCUCAAGUUCCUCAUCGGCCAAGGCAUCAUUAAGGGCAACGGUGUCACCGUAACCGGUAAGACGAUAAAAGAGAACGUCGAAUCCUGGCCCUCCCUACCCGACGACCAGAAGAUCAUCCGACCAUUCACCAACCCUAUCAAGCCGACCGGCCACAUCCAGAUUCUGCGCGGCUCUCUCUCACCCGGCGGCUCCGUCGGCAAGAUCACCGGUAAGGAAGGUCUAGUGUUCACUGGUAAGGCGCGCUGCUACGACCAAGAAGACGACUUCAUCGCGUCGCUCGAGCGUGGGGAGAUCAAGAAGGGCGAGAAGACCGUCGUCAUCAUCCGAUACGAGGGCCCCAAGGGCGGACCCGGUAUGCCGGAAAUGUUGAAGCCGUCCUCUGCCAUCAUGGGCUACGGUCUCGGCAACGACGUCGCGUUACUUACAGACGGCCGAUUCUCCGGUGGUAGCCACGGUUUCCUAAUCGGCCACAUCACGCCCGAGGCCAGGGAGGGCGGUCCUAUCGGUCUUGUAAGGGACGGAGACACAGUCACGAUUGACGCCGAGAAGCGCGUCAUCGACGCAGAUGUGAGCGACGAGGAGAUGGCGAGACGAAAGGCCGAAUGGACACCGCCUCCACCAAGGUACUCCCAAGGCACACUUACCAAGUACGCAGCGCUCGUCAGCGACGCGAGUCACGGUUGCGUUACCACCGGUGUAAGGGAAUAA